AUGGGGUCUGAGCGCUAUCCCGUUAAGCAUAAAGGCAUCUAUCACAAUCUGCCGACUUACGAUCCGUCUAUCAAAGAUCUCACAGCUAUCGUCACCGGUGCCAAUGGCAUUUCAGGCUUUCAUACCAUGCGGGUGCUGCUUGACAGCCCUGAGCGCUGGAGCAAGGUCUACGCCUUAUCGCGCCGCCCCCCUCCCAAAGAGAUGAUGGCUCUGCUUCCAGAGUCUCAGCGAUCUCGCGUACAACACGUUGCAGUCGAUUUUCUCGAAGAUCCCAGAAAGAUUGCGGAUGCAAUGAGCUCAGCCGGUGUCAAGGCCGACUAUAUCUUCUUCUACUCCUACCUGCAACCAAAACCCCCGCCAGGAGCUCCUGUGUGGUCCAACGCAGAUGAACUGGUAAAAGUGAACAGCGCGUUGCUCGACAACUUCCUCGGGGCUCUCACACUUGCUAAGAUCAUUCCCAAGCGGUUUUUGCUUCAAACUGGCGCCAAGAACUACGGCAUUCAUGUUGGUCGUGGUCGCACACCGGCCAUCGAAUCCGAUCCGCAACCGGCGCACCUUGAACCAAACUUUUACUAUCCGCAAGAGAAAUCACUCUUCGAAUUCUGCAAAGCCAACAACACCACGUGGAACGUUAUCCGUCCGGCUUGGAUCCUCGGCGCAGUCAACAAUGCCCAGAUGAACGCCUUGCAUCCCUUCGCCCUCUAUGCGGCAGUCCAAGCCCAGAAGGGCGAACCCUUAUAUUUCCCGGGAGAUUGGGAUACCUGGCAAUUCGAGGCUCAUCAUUCGUCUGCUAUGUUGACGGGUUAUUUGUCCGAGUGGGCAGUAUUGGAGGACAAGUGCAAGAAUGAAGCUUUUAAUUCCCAGGACACAGGACCGUUGAGCUGGGACCGCUUCUACGAGGAGUUGGCACGUUGGUUUGGCGUCGAGAAGGGUGUCCAUCCCCCCGAGGAGGAUCUGAGCAAGUUCCAUGAGAUAAAAGGCAGAGGUGGAAAAGAGUCUCCAAUGGGCUACGGCCCUCCGCCGACCUUUCGCGCCCUUUUUUCAUUUGUUGCCUGGGCUUCAGAACCGGCAAAUCAGGAGGCCUGGCAACAGCUCAUGAAGGCUUCUGGAGGUCAGCUGACGGACAACCCGUUCAAGGAUCCCCAAGCGAGCUUUGAGUUUGGCGAUGCCGCCUUGAUGAAGUUUGGUAGCCUGUGCAUGAACAAGGCUAGACGGCUGGGAUGGACAGGUUUCGUCGACACGAUGGAGGCUCUUUUUGAGAUGUACUCCGAGAUGGGCGACUUAGGAAUGGUCCCUAGAAUGAAGGUUGAUAAGCCGAAGCCUUUGGUGUAA